AUGUUGAGACCCGUUACUCUGUCACUAUAUCCAUCCUGUCGUGACGCCAUCUCGUGGUCCGAGGACGGCGAACUCGCUAUUGCGGCCGGUGAAUACUUUCACAUUCUAACACCAAGAAAUGGUAAAGAUGCAGAACCUGCUCCAAACUCAGACCCAGAUUGGAUCAUUACUCGUGUUCGAGCCAAUUUGUUUACGAAUGCUGAAUGGCCCAGCUUCCUGCCUGGAAAUCGAGAUGAGUUCUCAAUUGCCGCAGAACAAUCAAAUGCCAACAUCAUUAAUCUGGCCUGGUCCCCAUUAGGUGUUGGAAAAUAUCGACGUAGCGUGCUCACUGUACUGACGUCGAACUUGGUGCUAUCCCUUUGGGAACCUCUCGGUCUUAAAAAGCAAUGGACUCGAGUUCGAAUUAUCAACCAUACUUACUGGCCACAACCUGAACAUUCUCGGGACCCAAAAGAUCAUGGAUAUCGGAAGACUAACAUUCGAUCAUUCGCCUGGUGUGAUUCUUUCAAGGCUUCGGACUCCACAGACCCUUCUGCUCUGCCAGCGCAUGAAAGUCGCUGGGGAGCUUCUCUGCUGACGGUAGUGAAUGAUCUGAAUGAGAUCAGCGUCAUACAAGUUCGCAGAGCAAAUUCCGUCUAUAUGUCCUCCAAAAGCUAUGGUCUUAAAAUUCUAGCGACUCAUUCUCUUGGGAACCAAGAAUUGAACAACACCUUGAUUUACUCCGGAUCCCUUUUUGCCCGUGCUUUCAAGGAGCAACAGCGAACCACAUCGCUCUCCUAUGGUCCGUGGCUGAGUUCACCCAAACAAACUUCCGGCGACAUUGACUGCGCAAUUGCCACUCUGGCUGCCGUGUGCGGAACGCAGCUUCGAUUUAUCAAGCUCACUGCAAUGUGCGAAAGCUCGACUCAGAAUAAGAUACAGCAGUGCAAAUUGUCAGCAAGGUUGGAACAGCAUCCCCUGGAGCUUUCGAAUGAGGCAUGGGCCAAUCGUCAUGUCACUGGGCCCAUUGGAUGGCUUCAUACGAAAUCAUCCGCAAGUAUCUCUCUAGCAGUGGGUAUCAUGGCAGGGUUCGUCGCCAUUACCAUGUCUAGCGCUAGUUACACUACAGAUGGCACUGAUGUAGAUGCCCUUCGAGUAUGUGAAUGGCCGAUUUUUGAGCCUGAGAAUGAAGACAAGCCCUAUCGCAAGGAAAGGCACUUGGAACCGAUCUCCAGUAUGUCCUGCACUUUGGCCCAACCCCCUCAGAGCACUACUGACGUAAUUUCAGGCCUGCUUGCUACUAAGGACGAGCGCAGCGACAACUGCCGAUUGCAUUUGGGCACCCUUGGUGGAGUUGGGUUAACGGCUGAAUUGUCCAAGAUUCAAAAUGAAAACGCUCUGCAACAACCGCAAUGGAAACGCAUGAUCGAAGACUUCGAAGAAAAAUAUGACUCAGAUUACGAUCUGGGAGGAAUGUUAGUCUCGAGAAUCUGGGGACUUGCCACCUGUCGAAAUAUCACCGCAGCAAUCUUCGUCAACCACCCCACGGAUAUGGUCGAGUAUCGAGUCGCCUCUGACGACAGCGCUACAAUUGUCUUUUCGGAGGAGUUCGGACGCAUUGCAGAUACACGAGCCGUGUUCGCGCCGCGGGCACUUAAUGGACAAGCUCUUGAUCACGAUCAGGUUGGAGAAAUGGUACGCUUCGUGCUACCUGGUGCUGAUGGUGACGUUGAACUCGAUGAGGAGAGCCAGCGACUUAUCUACGUCGUUGCCUGUCGUGCCAUUGUGGGUGAGAGCGAUAAGUCACUUCGUGCCCACACUCAACGCUCUCUGGAACGACUGGCAAUAGUCACAGGCGCAGACCUGACUGAAGAAAUCUCCAAAUGUAAACUCAGUCCUUCUUUGGUCGCUGCAAAGUCCAUCGAUCAUGUGAAUGGUCCGGGUGGCCACCUUUACGAGAAAUGCGAGGUGUGUGAGGCAGGAAUUGGUUGGUGCUCGGUGACGCACGCUCGGUGUGCCAACGGCCAUAUCUGGCUUCGAUGUGGGGUGUCUUUCCUUGCUAUCCAAGAACCUGGAAUCUCCAAAUGGUGUUCAUGCUGCUGCACAGAAUCCCUCGACGAAGAGUAUGUGGCUUCUGCGCGUGGCCGUGAAUUAAGCAAGACUAUCAGUGGUCUCUUCGCGACCUUUGAUACCUGCCUUUACUGCGCAGGUAAAUUCCAGUCUAAUUACUAG